AUGGCGAGCGUCAAUACUUUCAACUCCCCACACCGUCUGACUUCCAAACCCGAGGACUUGGCGGAUGGCUGGUCGCCUCGCCAACUCCUACGCGCGCGGAGACAUAUCCAGACGAAGCCUGGGCGUAGCCUCGCGCCCAGGCUUCGUUCGGGUGUAGAAGGUGCGCAACACAGGGACGCCGCACGGCAGGCGGCUCCACACAAAAGCCAGAGCGCUGCUCCUGGCCUCGCCUGCAGCCCCACUCCCCUCUCCCUUUGGCUUCCCGGAAGGCCUCGGUCUUCGGCACUUUCAUUUGGCCAGUGCGGAAAACCGAGCUGGGAAUUUCCAUCAUUGCAAAAUGCAGAAAAUGGCUUACAACGACACCUUCUGAUGCCCUUUCCCGCACUUUCAGUGGAGCGGCAAAAGGAAGCACGAGAUGGAAGGCUGGCAGACCGCCGGACAGCUGCCAAAAGCUGCUGCUGCGAGUCCUCUACAUUUUGCAAAUAUGCGCACAAAUAUGGAAAUUUUCAAGGACUAAUAAUCCUAGUUCCAAUUCCAGAAAAACAAAACGAAGCCGCCAACUCUCGCAGAAGGUACUUACUAUUCGCGCUAAACCUGUACGACCGGACAACGACAUCAAAACGCAGGCAGGAAGCAUUUGGCAGAUGUUGUUGUGCACUCGCUCUAUCGAGUCCGAGUGGGUCGUGAGCAAUCUAAUCGUUGCAGGCGGUGCGACGAGAGUCAGUUUGGUACAGGACCGGGCUCGGUGUUGCUUAUCAUGCUCCAGGAGUCUGCCCGUGGUUGUACAGAAUGAAACAGCAUAGACCGGCGGCUCUCGUACCAAGAACUGCCAGGAGUUGCAGCAAAAUGCCAAAGGAAAGGGAUACGAAGAUAAAUAUCACUGGAAUAAAUCACUCUUCGAACAGGAAUGCAGUGCGAGGUGUGAUG